GAGUUUAGCACAGAGAAGAAUUACUAGUUGAUGGAGUUGAAAGUUAUUUGCACUAGCCCAAGCAUUGACCUUAUUUGACCAUUAAUCGACAGCAUCCAGUUGACGGAAUGAAGAUUUGACGGACCGCGACACUGGAAAUGUUACGUGGCAAGGGAAUUACGGUGUGGUCCCAUGGCAAGCGCGCAGGAAGUGAAACACACUUGGAUCAACCAGUGGCACUGAAAGACCUGCGGGUUCGAAGCCGUCCAAACAUUAUGCAAGAAACUGCAUCUGAUGUAGACGGAGAACGUUAUGGUCAUGCUAAUUCCAUCGAUAAGCCCCUGAAAAUGACCAAACGAGCCAACCUCAUAAAGGAGCUUGUGGACAGUGAGUUACGGUUCUCAACUGACAUGAAGCGAUUGAAUGAGGCAAUUCGGUCAGUUUCAAUCCCGCUGUCAACCGACGAUCGAGCGGCACUCUUCGGAAAUCUACCGCAAAUAGUCAAGAUCUCACAGGAAUUACACGCGUGCUGGAAUAAAGAAAUACUCAAGUGCACACCAAAUAGAAUUGAUCAAGCGCUCAUCGCUACGAUCACUUAUCCCUUCAGGGAACGGAUACGUGAUGUGUUUCAUGUGUAUGCCUCAAAAUACGAUGUCUACACAACGCAAAAAAAUCCCACGCUAAUCAGUUUUGCGCAGCAAGUGGUGGAGAAGCUGAGAUUCCAUAACCCUUUGCUGGCCGACUUGAACACGGAACUCAUCAAACCUGUGCAACGGAUUGUAAAAUACAAGCAGUUGUUUGAACAGCUCAAAGACCAUACGGAAGAAUCACACGCGGAUUACAAUGUCACAUUUCUCAUAUACGAAACAUUUUGCGAACUGUUACGCGCAGCUAACGAAGACAAAAGAUGGAACGAGAUUCUUUCGGAAGUGUUCGAAGAAAGUUCACGAGAACGACGCCUUAGAUCCAGAUCCAAAUCCAUACGACAUCUGCUCGAUGUUCUGCACAUCAGCGAGAGGAUACCAUCUGAUCCGAAACUUUCGCAUGAAAAAUGGAAGCUGGACUCGCUGUACACUGCAACUUCAAAGGUGCGCGAUUGGCUGGAGAAACGAUUUUACCAAAUGCAAGAGGCCUUUGUGAAGGAACGUGAUUUCCUGAAAUGUGUACUGGAUCUGUGUGAUCCAACUGGACAUAUUUCAAUUCAUUCUGGGAUCGUAUGCAGCAGCUCUUCGGAUAAUGCUUUACCGAUGGAAGAGAUGAAACUACAACUCUCCGUCAUGGACAGGACUCUAAACUACCUAUCCCAAGUGACCGAAGUGAAGCUGAAAAAGAAUGUGCUUCGGAGGCUAGAUGAACUGCUUGAACUAAUGAAUGACCCAGAAUUGUUGAUUAAUGAAUUUGAGAAGACCGAAAAGGAGUUGAAUGCCGCAACAGCACAACUACGUCAGGCUGAGUCGAAAAACCAAGCCACAAUAAAUUUAGUAGAACGCCGGGAUGAGCUGGAGCACACUAAGAAGACACUACGAGUUAAUCUUCUACAACAAUUACCUCUCUUGGUCAGGUUUUCGGAAAAAUGCCUGCUCGCAGCUAUGUCAUACGCUUUUCGACUCUGGUCGGAUGUGAUGGACCGGUGCGCUGAGUGGAUGAAAGGAAACUUGGCGCAGUUACCAAGCUCGUCUUUGGCCACCCGCCAAAUGAGUACCGACGACUUCACAUCCUUCGUGGACAGAAUCGCGCAAGAAAUGAAAUCACACAUACCACGUCGGAGCACAUCGAACUUGAUAGCACCUAUCAUCAAACUCAACACGUCACCGAGCCUACAGACGUCACGUUUGAAGGAGAUGGAAAUGGAAAUUUGCAAAACCGCCCCCUUUUACAAGGUACCCACGCCGACGACAACAGUGCCUUCGAUGGAAGUAACGCGCUGUAGAGGGAUCACACGAACAUCGAGUGACAGCGCGAAAUCCAGUUCAUUCGAUGCCGGCCGCAGAAGCAUCGGAUUUGUUGAACUAGAAGUUCCAGGAACCAGUAAAGCGAGACCACGGUCAAUGGCUAUGGGAGCUAGUGCCGAUCUGAACGCCACUCACAAAGCCAUCUAUGCGUAUACCGCACGCGACGAAAACGAGGUGAGCAUGGAAGUCGGACAACUGGUUACCCUGUUGCAGGACCGAGACAACUCGGGCAACACACAAUGGUUCAAGGUCUCUGUUUUGCCACAAAAGAAGGUCGGAUAUGUUCCCGCGAACCGAUUAGUUUCCAUCAGAUGACAUCGCCGUCCAUGUACAGCACUAUCAUUCAUCACUGAUUUGAUUUUCCAUCUAUAGUGAUCCGGAAUAUGCACACGGGUUGGCAACAGUGUGGUGCGCCUCUUCCCCAUGUAACAAACAGCUACGGAAUCUCUUCCAGAUUUCUUUGUACACUUAAAACGUCUAUUGUUUUACUGGUCAUAGGAAUCUCAAUAUUUGAAUUACCUCUG